AGUGUAAAUACUAAUCUCUUGUCCAUGCAAACAUAUAAAUGGUGGCAGCGGCGGCUCACAAUUUGUUAAUUAAUUAAUAACUUGGUAAAUUAUUGUUAAAAAAAUUUGAAAAUUCGGUGAAAACUUCUUGAUAUAUAGAUGAACAAUGUUCUCAUGAAUGAAAAAAAAAUUCAUUAAAAUUGACAUAUUAUUUUUUCCAAUGACUCAUUGUUUAGAAUUGAGUGAUAGUAACAAUAAUUUUAUAUAUAUUGAUUAAAAAGAACAGUUAAACCUGUGAACGGGCUGCAUUUAUAUACAGCAUAGUAAGAAAUUACUGGUAGUCUGCACUACACUGUCAGUUGAAAAAGAAGACGUGCCAGUCUAUAAUUUGAAGCUGCCUUUUUUCUCUAGCUUUUAUCUUAUCGAUUCUAUAAUUUUAAUUUCAUUUCAUUGUGUAACGAAAUUAGGAAUGCGUGAUCGUAAAGAAAAAUCUAAGGUAGAUACAAAAACAUUUCAGAACGAUUUUGUAGCUCCUGAUGGUGGGUGGGGCUGGAUAAUAAUUGUAGCAUGUGGAAUUUCAAAUCUAUGCGUACUUCCGGUUCUUCAAAAUUUCGGAUUAAUUUUUCUUGAAAGAUUUUCACAACUUGGAUUAUCAUCAUCUGAAAUUACAACUAUCAUCAAUGUCAAUAUGGCAGUAACAUCGAUCUUGGGGUUAGCCAACGGGCCAAUGUUUAAAAAAUACAGUUUCCGUCAAGUCGCAUUUUUUGGUGGUCUUGUGUGCACAAUAGCCAUCAUCGCUUUAUCAAUAGCGUCAACAUUCACAGGAAUUUUCGUUAGUAUGUCAAUAUUCUACGCGGCUGGAAUGGGAGUCAUAUUAUCAGCAAACGCACUUGCACUCAAUACGUAUUUCAAAAAGAAGAGAAGAAUUGCAGUCGGUCUCAGUUGGACAUGUACCGGAAUCGGACCCAUCAUUAUGCCCCAGAUAAUUACUCUACUUAUACCGAAAUUUGGCGUUUCUGGGACUGUUCUGAUUCUAGGCGCUGUCACUUUCAACUCUAUUGCAAGUGCACUUUUACUGCAACCAGUUUCUUGGCAUGCAAAAAAAUUGAAGUCUUUUAAUACAACUCAAACUAUAACGAGUGAAGAAAAUAAUCAUGUGCUUUUGCUAAAAGAUACAUCUGAAAAUCAUGAAAUAUCGAAUGAAAGUAGUACAAUCCAAAAACUAGAAAGGUUCCCAAAUGUCAGUUUUAUCCGACAGGGUUGUGACAGUCAAUAUUUGUAUUGCGACAAUGAGCAAGCUAUUGGAAUUGAUAUUAUUGCUUCUUUUAGUGAAAGUGGAAAUCGACAAAGAAAAAUUUCUUGCCAAGAAAUUGUAAACCAAUCGCUGUUGAUCUUGGCUGAAUCAUUGAAAGGUCCGAUACCAAUAGAUACAGAUAAAGCGGAAAAGAAAGAAGAUGAAAUGCUGAUUACUUUGGAGGUGGAAGUUGAUCAAGAAAUGCAGGAAAUCAAAAAAAAGAAUAAAUCAACAAUAGAAAGAUGGAUACAUGAAGUUAUAAUUUUCUUCGAUCUUGACGUACUAAAGGAUCAUGUUUUCGUGACACUCAUGCUAGGAAUUAAUUUCGCUUUAUUUGUUGAAAUGAAUUUUUCAAUACUAACUCCAUUCAUUUUAUCAGAAUAUGGGUUAACUAAACGACAAAUUGCUACGGUUUUGUCAAUUCUUGCAGCGAUAGAUGUCAUUGUCAGACUAUCAGUUUCUUUCUUUGCAUCAAAAAUUGGAUGGGAAAAUCGUACUUUUUUUCUUUUUGGAAUCGCAUGCCUGGCUGCGGGACGAACAGUAAUUGCACAUAUAUCAUCUUAUAAUGUGAUAAUAGCAACAAGUGUGCUCAUUGGAUUUGGAAAAGGCUUGAGAACAGUAUUUAUGGCACUUGUAAUACCGUCACAUGUCUCAUUAUCAAAACUGCCCGCAGCAUCAGGGAUACAAUUAGCAUCAAGCGGAAUUAUUUAUCCAUUCCUAGGGCCAUUGGUUGGAUGGAUUCAUGAUAAAUGUGGAAGUUAUACAAUUUUGCUUCAUGUACUCAAUAUAAUAACAUACGCCACCAUCAUAGCAUGGACCAUUGAGGCUUGGAUAACGUCAAAAAGCAGUAAAGAGAGAAAAUUGAAAUUGGAAAAUAGUGACAACUAUCCAUAAUGUUAAUAGUAUAUAGGCUCGUGCUUGCCCCUCCAAAUUCGUUGAGAGCACACUCUCUGAUUGGGCACAUGUAACGAACUAUAUUUUAUGUUACAAGAGCAGUGGGAAUAAUGUGUGAAUUUCCAAAGCGUAAGAGGGGUACUACCCUUUCACACAUUAUUACCAUUGUCCCUAGUAACAUAAAAUAUGAUUCGUUACAUGUGCCCAAUCAGAGAGCCCGCUCACAACUCAUUUGGAGGGGAAACACUCGCCAAGGCUCGUGCUUGCCCCUCCAAAUUCGUUGAGAGCACACUCUCUGAGUGGGCACUUGUAACGAAAUAUACUAUUAUGUUACUAGGGACAGUGGUAAUAAUGUGUGAAUUUCCAAAAAGCGCACUACCCCUCUUACGCUUUGGAAAUUCACACAUUAUUCCCACUGCCCUUGUAACAUAAAAAAAUUUUACAUUACUGAAUAUACACGCAACAAGAUAAUAUACGCACUGUAUCGUUAUUGUUAGUUCUCAUAAUGUAAAAAUCAAUUUUUUUGGAAUGAAUACUGGCGCUGGUUGUGAUUAUGCUAAAGAGCCUCAUACUACCUGUGAAAGAACGCAUUCAUGGCAGGGAACUAUGACGGAACAGUGUCGCUAUUGCACGUCAUUAUUUAUUUGAAAAUGUGAAUGUCAUAAAUGUUAGUAAUAAAUAAUAAUUAAAAAUUAGAGAUAAUUUCUUUUUUUAUUGAAAAACGUAAUAAUUAACAAUUAUUUUGAACAAUAUUCUUAAUUAUUCGCCUAUGGAAAAAGUUUCUAAGAAUUAUAUAAAAUUAUCUGUGUGAAAUACUUUUGUGAAAAAUCAACAAAUGAAUUGAGAAAUAGUUAUUAAGACCAUAUCGAAGUUUUUCAUGAGUCUUUAUAAGAUUUAUAGAAAAGUUAGUAUUCUUUAUAUUAUUUUAACUGACAGGUUACACAAAAAGACGAUUACCAAAAAGUAGAUUCAAUAAGCUUUUUUCGUUUGUUUCUUUUAUAUGAAAUUUAAUAUAUAACAUGUUCGAAACUUUUUAAAAGAUAAUUAAUGAAUUUUAAGGUAUUUUUCUAUUCAG